AUGCUGCUGCUUGUUCUGUUGGCCUUUUCUGUUCCGAGUGCAUUUUCUGACUCGGAUACCGAACUCUCAGCCGAGACCUGCAGUGCCUGCUCUUGCAUGUCCAUUGAGAACGUCCUCUAUGUGAACUGUGAGAAAAUAACUGUGUACAGGCCAACACAGCUGCUCCCUCCACAAUCCAGCCUCUACCAUCUGAAUUUCCAGAAAAACCUUUUGUACAUUCUUUACCCCAACACUUUUCUGAAUUUCACGCACGCAGUCUCUCUCCAGCUGGGGAACAACAAGCUGCAGAACAUCGAGGGAGGGGCCUUCAUGGGACUCAGUGCAUUAAAACAGUUGCACUUAAAUAACAAUGAAUUAAAAGAGCUCCGGGCUGACACUUUCCGGGGGAUCGAAAACUUGGAAUACCUCCAGGCCGACUACAAUUUAAUCAAGUAUAUUGAGAAGGGAGCCUUCAAUAAAUUACAUAAGCUAAAGGUUGUAAUUCUAAAUGACAAUCUUAUACAGAGCCUGCCUGAGAACAUAUUCCGCUUUGCCUCCCUCACACACUUGGAUAUACGAGGAAACAGGAUACAGAAACUCCCAUAUCUUGGAGUUUUGGAGCAUAUUGGAAGAAUAGUGGAAUUGCAAUUGGACGACAACCCAUGGAAUUGCACCUGUGAUUUAUUACCACUGAAAGCUUGGUUGGAGAAUAUGCCCUAUAACAUUUUCAUUGGCGAGGCUAUAUGUGAGACUCCCAGUGACCUAUAUGGCCGACUUUUGAAAGAGACCAAUAAACAAGAACUAUGCCCUUUGGGAAUUGGUAGUGACUUUGAUGUGAGGAUGCCCCCUUCCCAGCCAGAUGCUGGACACACCAUAUCUAAUAUUGCACCAUCCACGAUAGCACCCUCAGUUACCAAAGCACCAAAAACUACAAAUCCCUCCAAAAUCUAUGGGAAUGGUAUUGUUGCUGGUAUUCCAGUGGGUAAAAAUGGCCAAAUUGUGUCCUACCAAACCCGAGUCCCUCCCCUCUCCUGUCCUCAACCCUGCAUUUGCAAAGCUCAUCCAUCUGAUUUUGGAAUUAGUGUGAAUUGUCAGGAAAGAAAUAUCCAGAGCCUAGCUGAUCUUACACCUAAACCUCUAAAUUCCAAGAAAUUGCACCUCAAUGGUAAUUACAUUAGAAAUAUCAGCCCCAUUGACUUCCAAGGGUUUGAAGGGUUGGAUCUCUUACACCUGGGCAGUAAUCAAAUAUCCACUGUUCAAAAAGGUGUGUUUGGAAAUCUGACCAACCUCCGCAGACUAUACCUUAAUGGAAAUCAGCUUGAGCAGCUUCACCCGGAAAUGUUCCUUGGCCUCAGUAACCUCCAGUAUUUGUAUUUGGAAUACAAUGCCAUAAAGGAGGUGUUAGCAGGGACAUUUGACUCCAUGCCAAAUUUGCAACUCUUGUAUCUAAACAACAAUGUGCUCCGAAGCCUCCCUGCUUAUAUUUUUGCUGGUGUGCCUCUUGCUCGAUUGAAUCUAAAGAACAAUCAUUUCAUGACUUUGCCUGUGAGUGGCGUGCUGGACCAGCUCAAAUCCCUCACUCAGAUAGAUCUGGAAGGCAAUCCCUGGGAAUGCUCAUGUGAUUUAGUGGCUUUAAAACUGUGGUUGGAGAAGCUGAAUGAGGGGGUGGCUGCCAAGGAGGUCAGAUGUGCAUCCCCAGUGCAGUUUGCAAACACUGAGCUGCGGGAGCUGAAAAACGAGAUCCUCUGCCCUAAGCUCAUAGCCAGGCCUCCUUUUAUCAUGACAAGUGCAACCCCCCUGGCCACAUCAAUGUCACCUGCUGGAGUUGGCAAAGCACCUCCUGGUGGUCCGGUACCUCUGUCAAUCAUGAUUUUGAGCAUCCUGGUGGUCUUAAUCCUCACAGUGUUUGUUGCUUUCUGCCUGCUGAUCUUUGUGCUCAAACGAAACAAAAAGCCUGCUGGGAGGCAGGAGGGGCUUGGCAACCAGGAGUGUGGCUCCAUGCAGCUCCAGCUGAGGAGGCACAACCACAAAUGCAACAAGAACGACGACCUGGCAGGAGAGACCUUUAUCCCCCAGACCAUUGAGCACAUGAGUAAAGCCCAUACUUGUGGAAUCAGAGACUCAGAUGCCAGCUUCAAGUUUGCCGACUCCCAGAGACCGAAAAUGUUCUUACGCAACAGUGCAGACAAUGACAAGGACUCUCUAACUCUGGACCCCAGGAAACGAUUAAGUACCAUCGAUGAGCUGGAUGAGUUUCUACCUGGAAGAGAGUCCAGCCUGUUCCUCCACAGCUACUUGGACAACAAAAAGGAUUUCAACAGUAUAGGGGUGAGUGGUUUUGAGAUCCGUUACCCCGAGAAACCACAUGACAAAAAAACAAAAAAGUCAUUGAUAGGGGGUAACCACAGUAAGAUAGUUGUUGAGCAGCGCAAAAGUGAAUAUUAUGAACUAAAAGCAAAACUCCAAGGGACCCCUGACUAUCUUCAAGUACUAGAGGAACAGACAGCCCUCAGUAAAUUUUAG